UUUAUACAACAAAGACAAAUUAUAGGAAAUGAAUUACAUGAUCAGUUAUCUCUCGUCUUACGUUAUGUAUGUGAUCAAUUCUUACAGCAAACAGGAUGUGGAGAACAAUACUGAUGACCACCGUUUUUAUGUCAACUGCACAUACUGCAAUCAGAGCUCUGCCAACAACAAUAAUUGAUGUUACAGCAGCCACAGAUUCAACAGAUUCGAUUCUUCAUGUUACAAAUGAUUCUACAGCAAACACAACUGAUGGAUUUGCCACAGAAUCAAUUACAAGCAGCACUGUGCAAACUAUAACUGGUUUAACAGAUGAAUCAACAGGUGAUGACAUGACAGAGAUGACAACAAUGGAAGAACUUUCAACAUCUUUGUUAGAUGACCCUACCGCUGAUACUACAGAUCAGUCAACUGACAUACCAAAAUUUACAGCAGGAAUUACAGCAUUUGCUGAUCAAUUACCAACAGAUUUCACAGAUGAAUCAGCCACAAAUAUUACAGAUGAAUCAAUAACAGCCCUAACCACCGAUGCAUCGGAGGUCAAUUCAACAGAGGAGACUGAAUUAUCAACUAUUGGAUUUACCGAUCAACCGAACACAGCCUCAGAGAUACAAUCAGCCACAAAAUUUACAGCUGCAUCCACCUUAGAAGAAAUAACGAUAGACUUCACUGACAAUACUACAGACGAAGCACAGGAAUUGACCACAGCAUUCACAUCAGAUAUAUCUACAGGUGUCACAAACAAUCCAACAGCAUUUACAAAUGAUUCAUCAGAGGAAGAUUCAACAGAGGAACCUGAACAAUCAACUGUAGGAUUUACUGACCAACAACCAACCACAGGAAUUACAGCUGGAUCCACUUUAGAAGAAAUAACGAUAGACUUCACUGACAAUACUACUGAUGAAGCACAGGAAUUGACCACAGCAUUUACAUCAGAUAUAUCUACAAAUGAUUCAUCAGAAGAAGAUUCAACAGAGGAACCCGAGUUAUCAACUGUAGGAUUUACUGACCAGUCAACUACAACAGAACCAAUCACAGGAAUUACUGCUGGAUCCACUUUAGAAGAAAUAACAAUAGACUUCACUGACAAUACUACUGAUGAAGUACAGGAAUUGACAACUGCAUUCACAUCAGAUAUAUCUACAGGUGUCACAAACAAUCCAACAGCAUUUACAAAUGAUUCAUCAGAGGAAGAAACAGAGGAACCUGAACUAUCAACUGUAGGAUUUACUGACCGACAACCAACCACAGGAAUUACAGCUGGUUCCACUUUAGAAGAAAUAACGAUAGACUUCACUGACAAUACUACAGAUGAAGUACAGGAAUUGACAACUGCAUUCACAUCAGAUAUAUCUACAGGUGUCACAAACAAUCCAACAGCAUUUACAAAUGAUUCAUCAGAGGAAGAAACAGAGGAACCUGAACGAUCAACUGUAGGAUUUAUUGACCAGUCAACUACAACAGAACCAAUCACAGAAAUUACUGCUGGAUCCACUUUAGAAGAAAUAACAAUAGACUUCACUGACAAUACUACAGAUGAAGUACAGGAAUUGACAACUGCAUUCACAUCAGAUAUAUCUACAGGUGUCACAAACAAUCCAACAGCAUUUACAAAUGAUUCAUCAGAGGAAGUAACAGAGGAACCUGAACUAUCAACUGUAGGAUUUACUGACCAGUCAACUACAACAGAACCAAUCACAGAAAUUACUGCUGGAUCCACUUUAGAAGACAUAACAAUAGACUUCACUGACAAUACUACAGAUGAAGUACAGGAAUUGACAACUGCAUUCACAUCAGAUAUAUCUACAGGUGUCACAAACAAUCCAACAGCAUUUACAAAUGAUUCAUCAGAGGAGGAUUCAACAGAGGAACCUGACCUAUCAACUGUAGGAUUUACUGACCGACAACCAACCACAGGAAUUACAGCUGGAUCCACUUUAGAAGAAAUAACGAUAGACUUCACUGACAAUACUACUGAUGAAGUACAGGAAUUGACAACUGCAUUCACAUCAGAUAUAUCUACAAAUGAUUCAUCAGAAGAAGAUUCAACAGAGGAACCUGAGUUAUCAACUGUAGGAUUUACUGACCAACAACCAACCACAGGAAUUACAGUUGGAUCCACUUUAGAAGAAAUAACGAUUGACUUCACUGACAAUACUACUGAUGAAGCUCAGGAAUUGACCACAGCAUUCACAUCAGAUAUAUCUACAGGUGUCACAAACAAUCCAACAGCAUUUACAAAUGAUUCAUCAGAGGAAGAAACAGAGGAACCUGAACUAUCAACUGUAGGAUUUACUGACCAGUCAACUACAACAGAACCAAUCACAGAAAUUACUGCUGGAUCCACUUUAGAAGAAAUAACAAUAGACUUCACUGACAAUACUACAGAUGAAGCACAGGAAUUGACCACAACAUUCACAUCAGAUAUAUCUACAGGUGUCACAAACAAUCCAACAGCAUUUACAAAUGAUUCAUCAGAGGAAGAUUCAACAGAGGAACCUGAACUAUCAACUGUAGGAUUUACUGACCAACAACCAACCACAGGAAUUACAGAUGGUUCCACUUUAGAAGAAAUAACGAUAGACUUCACUGACAAUACUACUGAUGAAGUACAGGAAUUGACAACUGCAUUCACAUCAGAUAUAUCUACAAAUGAUUCAUCAGAAGAAGAUUCAACAGAGGAACCUGAGUUAUCAACUGUAGGAUUUACUGACCAACAACCAACCACAGGAAUUACAGUUGGAUCCACUUUAGAAGAAAUAACGAUUGACUUCACUGACAAUACUACUGAUGAACCUCAGGAAUUGACCACAGCAUUCACAUCAGAUAUAUCUACAGGUGUCACAAACAAUCCAACAGCAUUUACAAAUGAUUCAUCAGAGGAAGAAACAGAGGAACCUGAACUAUCAACUGUAGGAUUUACUGACCAGUCAACUACAACAGAACCAAUCACAGAAAUUACUGCUGGAUCCACUUUAGAAGAAAUAACAAUAGACUUCACUGACAAUACUACAGAUGAAGCACAGGAAUUGACCACAACAUUCACAUCAGAUAUAUCUACAGGUGUCACAAACAAUCCAACAGCAUUUACAAAUGAUUCAUCAGAGGAAGAUUCAACAGAGGAACCUGAACUAUCAACUGUAGGAUUUACUGACCGACAACCAACCACAGGAAUUACAGCUGGAUCCACUUUAGAAGAAAUAACGAUAGACUUCACUGACAAUACUACUGAUGAAGUACAGGAAUUGACAACUGCAUUCACACCAGAUAUAUCUACAAAUGAUUCAUCAGAAGAAGAUUCAACAGAGGAACCCGAGUUAUCAACUGUAGGAUUUACUGACCAGUCAACUACAACAGAACCAAUCACAGAAAUUACUGCUGGAUCCACUUUAGAAGAAAUAACAAUAGACUUCACUGACAAUACUACUGAUGAAGCACAGGAAUUGACCACAGCAUUUACAUCAGAUAUAUCUACAGGUGUCACAAACAAUCCAACAGCAUUUACAAAUGAUUCAUCAGAGGAAGAAACAGAGGAACCUGAACUAUCAACUGUAGGAUUUAUUGACCAGUCAACUACAACAGAACCAAUCACAGAAAUUACUGCUGGAUCCACUUUAGAAGAAAUAACAAUAGACUUCACUGACAAUACUACAGAUGAAGUACAGGAAUUGACAACUGCAUUCACAUCAAAUAUAUCUACAGGUGUCACAAACAAUCCAACAGCAUUUACAAAUGAUUCAUCAGAGGAAGAAACAGAGGAACCUGAACUAUCAACUGUAGGAUUUAUUGACCAGUCAACUACAACAGAACCAAUCACAGAAAUUACUGCUGGAUCCACUUUAGAAGAAAUAACAAUAGACUUCACUGACAAUACUACAGAUGAAGCACAGGAAUUGACCACAACAUUCACAUCAGAUAUAUCUACAGGUGUCACAAACAAUCCAACAGCAUUUACAAAUGAUUCAUCAGAGGAAGAUUCAACAGAGGAACCUGAACUAUCAACUGUAGGAUUUACUGACCAGUCAACUACAACAGAACCAAUAACAGAAAUUACUGCUGGAUCCACUUUAGAAGAAAUAACAAUAGACUUCACUGACAAUACUACAGAGGAAGCACAGGAAUUGACCACAGCAUUCACAUCAGAAAUAUCUACAGGUGUCACAAACAAUCCAACAACAUUUACAAAUGAUUCAUCAGAGGAGGAUUCAACAGAGGAACCUGACCUAUCAACUGUAGGAUUUACUGACCAGUCAACUACAACAGAACCAAUCACAGAAAUUACUGCUGGAUCCACUUUAGAAGAAACAACAAUAGACUUCACUGACAAUACUACUGAUGAAGCACAGGAAUUGACCACAGCAUUCACAUCAGAUAUAUCCACAGGUGUCACAAACAAUCCAACAGCAUUUACAAAUGAUUCAUCAGAGGAAGAAACAGAGGAACCUGAGUUAUCAACUGUAGGAUUUACUGACCAGUCAACUACAACAGAACCAAUCACAGAAAUUACUGCUGGAUCCACUUUAGAAAAAACAACAAUAGACUUCACUGACAAUACUACAGAUGAAGCACAGGAAUUGACCACAGCAUUCACAUCAGAUAUAUCUACAGGUGUCACAAACAAUCCAACAGCAUUUACAAAUGAUUCAUCAGAGAAAGAUUCAACAGAGGAACCUGAACUAUCAACUGUAGGAUUUACUGACCAACAACCAACCACAGGAAUUACAGCUGGAUCCACUUUAGAAGAAAUAACGAUAGACUUCACUGACAAUACUACUGAUGAAGUACAGGAAUUGACAACUGCAUUCACAUCAGAUAUAUCUACAAAUGAUUCAUCAGAAGAAGAUUCAACAGAGGAACCCGAGUUAUCAACUGUAGGAUUUACUGACCAGUCAACUACAACAGAACCAAUCACAGGAAUUACAGCUGGAUCCACUUUAGAAGAAAUAACGAUAGGCUUCACUGACAAUACUACAGACAAAGCUCAGGAAUUGACCACAGCAUUCACAUCAGAUAUAUCUACAGGUGUCACAAACAAUCCAACAGCAGUUACAAAUGAUUCAGAGGAAACUGAACUUCCAACUACAGAAGUAACUGAUCAACCAGCUGCAACACAAUCAACCACAAGAACUAUAGCUGGAUCCACCCUAGAAGAAAUAACUGUAAAUGUCACUGAUGAUACUACUGAUGAAGAAUUGACAACCGCAUUCACAUCAGAAAUAUCUACAACAAGUGUUACAAACAAACCAACAGCAUUUACAAAUGAUUCAUCACAGGAAGAAACAGUGGAACCUGAAUUAUCAACUGUAGGAUUUACUGACCAACAACCAACCACAAGAAUUACUGCUGGAUCCACUUUAGAAGAAAUAACGAUAGACUUCACUGACAAUACUACUGAUGAAGCACAAGAAUUGACAACCACAUUCAAAUCAGAAAUAUCUACAAGUGUUACAAACAAACCAACAGCAUUUACAAAUGAUUCAUCAGAGGAAGAUUCAACAGAAGAAACAGAACUUCCAACUACAGAAGUUACUGAUGAACCAACUACAAGUACAAAACCAAAAUCAACCACAAGAACUAUAGCUGGAUCCACCUUAGAAGAAAUAACUGUAAAUGCCACUGAUGAUAUUGCUGAUGAAGAACUGACCACAGCAUUUACAUCAGAAAUAUCUACAAGUGUCACAAACAAACCAACACCAUUUACAAAUGAUUCAUCAGGGGAAGAUUCAACAAAGGAAACUGAACCACCAACUACAGAAGUACCUGAUCAACCAACUACAACACAAUCAACCACAAUAAUUGCUGCUGGAUCCACCUUAGAAGAAAUAACUGUAAAUGUCACAAAUGAUACUACUGAUAAAGAACUGACGACAGCAUUUACAUCAGAAAUAUCUACAAGUGUCACAAACAAACCAACACCAUUUACAAAUGAAUCAUCAGAGGAAGAUUCAACAGAGGAAAUUGAACCGCCAACUACAGAAGUAACUGAUGAACCAAUUACAAGUACAAAACCACAAUCAACCGCAAGAAUUACCACUGGAUCUACCUUAGAAGAAACAACUUUAAAUGUCACAGAUGAUACUACUGAUAUGGCGCUGGAAUCCACAACAGCAUUCACAUCAGACAUAUCUAGAAUUGUCACAAACAAAUCAACACCUUUUAUAACAGAUUCAACAGAAGAAGUUUUAACAGAGAAUACCAAACUGACAACUACAGGAGUUACCGAUCCAUCAACUACAAGUACAAAACCACAAUCAACCACAAAAUUUAUCCCUGGAUCAACCUUAGAAGAAACAAAGGUAGACUUCACAGAUGAACCAACUACAGAAAAGACACAGGAAUCCACAACAGCAUUCACAACAGACAUGUCUACAAUUGUCACAAAUAAAGAAACACCAUUUAUAACGGUUUCAACAGAAGAAGUUUUACCAGAGGAAACUCAUCUGUCAACUGUAAAAGUUACUGAUCAAUCAACUACAACCUCAAAACUUCAGUCAACCUCAGGAAUUACAGUUGGAACCACCAUAAAAGAAACUACACUCUUCACUGCAUUGCAAACCACUAAAAAGCCACUGGAAUCCACAACAACAUUUACAACAGGAACACCUAAAACUGUCACAUCUGAGGAAGAUUCAACUGCCGAAACUGAAUUGGCAACUACAGGAAUUACUAAUCAAUCCACUACAAUCUUGACACCAGAAUCAACCACAGGAGCCCAAUCAUUCACUGAGAUUCCUGAUUUAUCAGCUACUACUUCUACAGAGGAAAACACAAUAGGAGAGAUAUCACAAGAAGUUACAACUACAGGAAUUACUGGUCAGUCAGCUUCAGUCAUCACAACAGCUAAAUCCAGAGCUAUAGAUAGAUCAACCACAGCGUUCAAAACACAACUUGAGGUUACCACAUCCAGGACUACAGCAGUUACAGAAGAAUCAGUGACUUCAGAGGAUGAUACACUGGCUACCACUGAGGGCUCUACCACAGAUAUAAGUCCAACUGCUGUCUCACAUGAAAGUCCUCUUUUUUCGCCACAAUUUACUGCAAAACCACUAACAGCUGUAGUGGAACUGACCACAACUGCCCAGUCUACAACUAUAGCCCAGCGUAUAAUUAGUUCACAACCUACAGUCCAACCUAUAACAAAUGCCCAGUCAACAACAACUACAUCGAAACUUGAAACAGGUACAUUCCAACCCUCUUUCUCAACAACUUCCCAGACCAUAACUACUUCACAACCACAACCAUCUGCAAUCCAACCUAAAACAAAUGAACAUUCAACAGUGACUACACCACAACUCUCAGCAGCUAUAACCCAGCCUGCAUUCUCAACAGCUGCUGAGCCCACACAUACUGCCCAAACCAUAAUUACUUCACAGCCUGCACAAACUGAAAUUUCAGCAGUAACAAAUGCCCAAUCCACAAUUGCUACACCACGACUUGCAACCGCUACAACCCAGCCUACAUUCUCAACAACUGCUGAACCCACACAUACAGCCCAGACCAUAAUUACUUCAAAGCCUGCACAAACUGAAAUCCCACCAGUAACAAAUGCCCAAUCCACAAGUGCUACACCACGACCUGCAACCGCUACAACCCAGGCUACAUUCUCAACAAAUGCUGAACCCACACAUACAGCCCAGACCACAGUUACGUCAAAGCCUGCACAAACUGAAAUUCCAGCAGUAACAAAUGCCCAAUCCACAAUUGCUACACCACGAUUUGCAACUGCUACAACCCAGCCUACAUUCUCAACAACUGCCGAACCUACACAUACAGCCCAGACCAUAGUUACUUCACAACCUACACAAACUGAAAUCCCACCAGUAACAAAUGCCCAAUCUACGAUUGCUCCACCACAACUUAAAACAGCUACAACCCAGCCUACAUUCUCAACAACUGCUGAGCCUACACAUACAACCCAGACCAUAAUUACUGCAAAGCCUGCACAAACUGAAAUUCCAGCAGUAACAAAUGCCCAAUCCACAAUUGCUACACCACGACUUGCAACCACUACAACCCAGCCUACAUUUUCAACAACUCCUGAACCCACACAUACAGCCCAGACCAUAAUUACUUCAAAGCCUGCACAAACUGAAAUUCCAGCAGUAACAAAUGCCCAAUCUACGAUUGUUCCACCACAAUUUAAAACAGCUACAACCCAGCCUACAUUCUCAACAACUGCUGAACCCACACAUACAGCCCAGACCAUAAUUACUUCAAAGCCUGCACAAACUGAAAUCCCACCAGUAACAAAUGCCCAAUCCACAAUUGCUACACCACGACUUGCAACCGCUACAACCCAGCCUACAUUCUCAACAACUGCUGAACCCACACAUACAGCCCAGACCAUAAUUACUUCAAAGCCUGCACAAACUGAAAUCCCACCAGUAACAAAUACCCAAUCUACGAUUGCUCCACCACAAAUACCCAAUCUACGAUUGCUCCACCACUAA